CAUGCCCCGCGAGGGAAAAACUCCUCUAAUUGGCUGCUGGGAAGAAGCCGCUCCGCCUGGAUCUCUCCGGUGCCACCUCCCGCCCAGAGAUGAGAUCACAUCACUGGAACGCAGACUGACCCACAGAACAAUCCAGAUUUGGCGACAGCCAAAUUUAACAAAAUCACUAAAUUUAACAUAGCGUCCUUUCUGAAGGUAAAGGGGCGCUACAUAUGUUUGGGUGGAUUGACUCUUUCUUGGCUGCCACAGCUGAACUAUUCCUAAAAUGUGUUGACUGGUUUCUUGUCAUUACUGGAAUAAGCUGCAAUCAUCUCUGGAGAUCUUGUAGUUAACUUGAGGACUGGCAUAUUUACUAAGUCAUUGAAAAUCUGCCCAUAUAUGACCAGCAGCCUGUAUUAAUUCUUCUAGCUGCCAGACAUACAGUAGAACAGCAAAAGCAGAUACACAGUGCCUUGAAAAAGUAUUCAUACCCCUUGAAAUUUUCCAAAUUGUGUCAUGUUACAACCAAAAAUGUAAAUGUAUUUCAUUGGGAUACUUUUUCAAGCCACUGUAUAUUUACAAUAAUGUCCCUAUUUUCAGCCUUACUUCAUUGAGAAUUUAUGAGCCAUCUUGAUGACCACAGAAGAAGUAACAACAUGUGCGUGUAAUGGUCAAAUAUAUUCAUUAUCCCACUGGGAGAUUUUCAAAUACCCCAAUAAUCAUCCUGAGCAAAGGAAAGAAUCAGAAUACACAUAGUGCACUGAAGAUUUAUUCAGUCACUUUGCAGCCUUAUGAAAGUGCCUAUAACACUUUCUCUUUUACAUGUUAUCAGCCACAGGUUUCUGGGAAAGCCCCAUCAAGACUGGCAAUAACAGAAAUGGACACUGAGUGUUUUUUUUUUGUUAGCAGAAAAAGAUCCUCAACGGUAGUUUCACUUCCUAAAAGCCUUCCUACAAAACUGAAAUCUAGAUGGAAAAUAGAGAAUGUCAGUAUCUCCCGCUGAUGACAUCAUGGGAUUAUGCAAUCCAGUACAAAUGUAUAUAAACAGACAAAUGCUGCUGUACUUUACACAGUUGUCUACUCUAGAUCUUGGUCAGAGAGAAUCCAACACCAUCAAUAUGGACAACAAGUGUGCUGUCAUCAUGUGCGUUCUACUGCUCUCUACUCCUCUUAUACAAGGGUUUGCCGUUCCUCGUGGGAAGCGCUGCCUGUGUAACAAGCUAUCCAAUAAGGUGAAUGUCAUGGCCCUGGCUCAAAUGGACGUUUAUCUAAGCAGCUCUCUGUGUGAAAACACUGAAUAUAUUGUCACAGUAAAAAGCACCGGUGCUACAAAAUGUGUCAGUUCUGACCUGAAAGAAAUAAAAGCUCUGCUCAGUGGCAAAAAUCGGUUUCUGAAACACAUCCCAGUGAUCAGACACCCCUGAGUGAUUAUACAACCUUAGGAAUAUGACAGAAAGCCUUUAAAUAGAUUAAUUCUACCUUCCCCACAGUCUUGUGACUACGGAUAACUGGAAUGACAUAUGCCGUGCAUAUUUUUAUAUUUGUAAAUUUGUCUAUUUAAACAAUGUUACUGUAAAUAGAUAUCUCCUGAGAUAUUUUUCUACCUUAAAAGAUGAGAGUUUUAUAUUUUCAUAAAUAAAUGUAUUUGAAAUA